CAGUGGUCAGACGACCAGUGCAGUCCCCAGUUUGAGGUGCGAAGCUGUCAGACCCAGCGCCAGCUGAAGGAGAACCUCUAUGACAAAAUCAUCGGACACUUCGACAAGGGCAAGAUGUGGGAGGAAGCCAUUACUCUGUGUAAGGAGCUGGCUGACCAGUAUGAGAUGGAAGUGUUUGACUAUGAGCUGCUCAGCCAGAGUUUGAAGCAGCAGGCUAAGUUCUAUGAGAACAUUAUGAAGAUCCUGAGGCCCAAGCCAGACUACUUUGCAGUGGGAUACUAUGGACAGGGCUACCCCCCCUUCCUCAGGAACAAGGUGUUUAUCCACCGGGGGAUGGAGUACGAGCGUAGAGAAGACUUUCAGAACCAGCUGAUGAGUCAGUUCCCCAGCGCUGUCCGUCUCAAUAUCACCACCAUGCCUGGAGACGACGUCAGACUCUCCCCCCUGCAGUACAUCCAGUGUUUCACUGUUCAGCCAGUCCUGGAGAUUCCACCUCACCUGAAGAACAAACCAGUCCCUGACCAGAUCAACAACUUCUACAAGUCUAACUAUGUGCAGCGUUUCCACUACUCCAGACCAGUGAGGAGAGGACCAGUGGACCCCAACAAUGAGUUUGUAUCCAUGUGGAUUGAGCGCACCACAUUCACCACAGUGUACAAACUCCCUGGGAUUCUGCGCUGGUUUGAGGCCACAGACAUGAAACAUAGCACCAUCAGUCCUCUGGAGAAUGCCAUAGAGACCAUGGAGAGCACAAAUGACAAGAUCCUCACCAUGGUCAACCAAUAUCAGGCCGACGACGCCCUUCCCAUCAACCCCCUCUCCAUGCUGCUCAACGGCAUCGUGGACCCCGCUGUCAUGGGGGGCUUCGCCAAGUACGAGAAGGCCUUCUUCACUGAGGAGUACAACCUGCAACACCCAGAGGACCGAGAUAAGCUGGAUCGCCUCAAAGACCUCAUUGCAUGGCAGAUCCCGUUGCUGGGGGGAGGGAUCUCUCUACAUGGUAAGAGAGUGACAGACGACCUACGACCUUUCCACGAGCGCAUGGAGGAGUGCUUCAAACACAUGAGGAAGAAGGUGGAGAAGGAGUACGGCGUGAGGGACCUGCCGGAUAUGGAUGAGAGGAAGUCAACUCGUCCCCGCUCUGUCCUUCGCUCCUUCCGUCAGUCUGUCAUCUCCAUCUGCUCACUCCAGGGGUCUGAGUGUGGGACCCCCACCAAACCUUACCCAGACAGUGGUCUCCCUGACACUGUGUCCCCCCGGACCCCCACCCUGCAGCGCUCCAGUGGGAGUAUGAGCAUGGGGGAAGAGGGAGGGGCCGAUGGGGAGGUGAAACUCAGGAAGUCCAAGAAGAAAAGGAAGAGGAGCAGCAUGAUCUUCAUCCCAGAGGAGAGAGACAGGACCAACACACUGGACAGCAAACGGCUGUCCAAGAAGCAGGAGUUCCGCAGUGACAACAACCUGUCUGAAUCCUGUCAGGGAAAUGACUCUCUCACCAAUGUCAACUCCAGGUCUCUGCCUGCUAUUACAGGUCUGUCUCUGUCCGUGGUCAACGGUAGUGAAGAGGCGGAGUCAGCCCGGUCCAGGAGGGACAGUAAGAGCAUGUCUGUGUGUCUUCCUGGUGACCGUACCGCUGACAGACGCUCCAAAGGGGUUAUCAACCUGCUGUUCGGGACCAAGAGCAACAAGUCUGAGCAACAGAAAGACAAGUCGUGUACUGACCCAGGCAACAAGAACGUCAGUCAUUUCUAACAGCCGUCCAUCAAGCAUGAUGUACCCUCAGUGCCUUUAAACCUGCUCUGCUUUGAAUGCCAGGCAACACAAGGGGUUGUUGCCCUGCUAGAAGCUCCUCUUUGGAAAGAGCCAUCUGAUCAGUUUUUUCAUCAAGACUUGUUUGCGCUCACGCAGGCACACACACACAUAGAGGGAGAUGAAGAGAAACAGACUUGAUCUCUGAUGAUGUCCUGCAUAGCAUGCUUUCACGCUUCUGCUCUCACAUCUUUUGGAAUCAAUAAAAAAAAAAAAUCCUUGACUGGCUUUUUUUAGUAAUGUAACUCGCAAGCUUUCAGAUUUUAUUAAACUUAUGAAACACUGAAUAAAAAGAUAUCCAAUGUU